CACGCUUUGGUUGCAGGGCAAUCUUGUGAUGGUUUUGGUUGAGGAUGUUGCUGUAAAAAACUAAAAACUGCCUGUCCCCAAAUGAAACAUUCUACUGGCCCGUAUUUACUUUCUCAUCUUUCUAUUUUUAUUUUAAGCAAAUUACAGUUAACAAAAUAUUUUACAUAUAUCAUGCACUAUAUAUUUCCUUUGCUCGAUUCUCAGCCAGGAGUUUGAUCAAUCUCUCUCUCCAACAAAGCCCAAAGGUUAUAUGUGAUAAGGGUUUUGUAAAGUUUUCAUCUUUUUAAAUUUCUUUUUUUUCCUCUUUGAGGAUUCUGGAAUUGGAUAUUGGGUCUGUUGGUAUAUUGUUUCUUUUUUUGAGUGAGAAUUUGGAAGUGGGUGUUGGGGAAUUUUUAUGUUUUCAGAAUUUGAAAGUGGGUAGUGGAGAUUUUGAUUCUUUUAGGAUUAUGUAGAAGUGGGUAUCAGAGAUUAGGAUUCUUUGGAGGAUAUUCAUUUGUGACUCAGACCAUUUGGGGUGAAAGAAUAUAGGACUUUCUUUGUUUUUGUUUUUGUUUUUGGGUAGAUUAAUUUAACAAUACAGAGUAAUAUAGGAUUUUGUUGGGUUUCGUUGAAGUUUACGAGGACCUGAUAACUAAUCUAUAAACAAUCACAUCUUGGUCAUUUUUUUCUAAUGGUAGUUUCAGAGUGGGUUGUUUUUUAUUUGCACAAAAUUCUCUGUUUCUCUCUCCCCCUGAACACCUAAGUUUAGUGGGAUACUGACCGUUACAACCAACUUUUUUCUGAAUGUGUUUUGAGAGACUUAGUUCCGGGUUGUUAUUAGUUUGGUAGGCCUAAGUGGUUCUAUAGAGAGAGAUUAAGAAUUUGCCUUUUUUUUUUUUUUUUUUCACUUUUCCUUCAAAUUCUGUGUGUAAGUAAGUUUUCGGAGAACUGUCCUUUGUAUUGUUCCAUUUGUAAAAAGUAAGGAACAUGUUGUGCUAGGAAGCAAGUUUGUUUGUUUGAUUCAAUAAUCUUUGAGGGAGGGUCAUGAGGCUUCUUAGCAUUGUGGGGAAUUCAUUCGGAUGCUCAGCAUCUGGGGAGCGCUUAGUUUCGGCUGCAAGAGAUGGGGACCUUCAAGAAGCCAAGGCACUGUUGGAUUAUAAUCCCCGGCUUGCGAGGUAUUCGACUUUUGGUGUUCGGAAUUCCCCCCUCCAUUACUCUGCAGCUCAGGGCCACCAUGAGAUAGUCUCUCUAUUGCUUGAGUCUGGAGUUGAUAUCAAUCUCAGGAAUUAUCGUGGUCAGACUGCUUUGAUGCAAGCCUGUCAGUAUGGUCAUUGGGAAGUCGUGCAGACUCUGGUUGUUUUUGGAGCCAAUGUUCACAGAGUUGAUUAUCUGAAUGGGGGUACUGCCCUACACUUGGCUGCUUUGAAUGGUCAUACUCGGUGCAUUCGUCUCCUCCUUGCAGAUUACAUCCCUAGCAUCCCCAAUAUCUGGAAUCUAUUAAGAAACAGAUCAGGCAAUGAAGAAUCAAUCUCAGAAUUUGAUGAGAGUGCUCUCUGUCAGGCAAUUAAUAAGCCUGCUGAUGGAGGAAUCACUGCUCUCCACAUGGCAUCACUGAAUGGGCAUGUUGAGAGUGUGCAAUUGCUUUUGGACUUGGGAGCUUCUGUUUCUGUGCUGACUGUGGAGGAUGGAAGCACAAUUGAUCUAAUAGGUGCUGGGAGCACAGCUCUUCAUUAUGCUGCAUGUGGUGGAAAUGCACAAUGUUGUCAAAUCUUAAUGGCCAGGGGUGCCAGUUUGACUGCUGAAAAUGCAAAUGGAUGGAGUCCCUUGAUGGUUGCUCGUUCAUGGCAUAGAACUUGGCUCGAGGAAAUUCUUAGCAUAGAGCUAGGAGGGCAGCCACAAAUACUUCCUUCACCAUAUCUCUCUCUUCCCCUUAUGAGCAUUGUUAAAAUUGCUAGAGAAUGUGGAUGGAGGACUAGUGAAUCUUUACCCACAUGUCAAGAUCCAUGCGUUGUCUGUCUGGAAAGAAAGUGCACUGUAGCUGCAGAAGGUUGUGAUCAUGAGUUCUGCACACGAUGUGCCUUGUACCUUUGUUCUACAAACUGCACCUCAAUUAUUGCCAAAGGUCCACCCGGCUCAAUUGCAUGUCCUCUCUGCCGGCAUGGCAUUGUUUUGUUUGUCAAGCUUCCUGGAACAAGAACGGUUAGAAAGGAUUUUUCUAGAACAAGUUUGUCCCUACCAUUUUGCACAUGUUCGAGUGAGGAACUAGAAUCCUCUUCAUUAGCAACCCCAUUUUGCAAGCCUGAUCUCCGUUGCUCCCGAAUUUUCCCUCUAGGAUCUUCUUUCCGUUCCCUCAGCUUCCAAAGGUUCCCAUCGAUGAAAAUCAACUCUAGCCUUUGCAUGGGAGCUCCAGAAAUUCGUCAUUCUUUAGUUCCUUGCAAUGUAAACCGAAACUUGCGGAACCAAUUGACUAGGUGCUCAAGAUCAGGUCUUAGGCGAUCAGCUUCUGAGGGCAGAAGGUCAUGGCUCUCUGCUUUAAAUCAUUAUGUAACAACUGGUAGUGGGUGCUGAAAUUUUUUGAUUUCAUUGUAUUUCUCUUUUUUGCCUUACAAAGUUUUUUUUUUUUUUUUUCCCUCUUUCUUUUCGUCCAUAACAAAAGACGAGGGUUCUCAUUUGAUAAUGAUUAUUGGGCUUGUACUUGUACAUAUUAAUAAACAUUAGCUACCAGCUACGGAACAAAUGUCGACUCUUUGUAUGAUAGUUUUUAAACAUUCAUUAUGUUUCAAAUUCAUGUAGAACAUAUUCUUUCCAUGUCUA